GUGGCUACUCCAGCUAAUCGUGAGUCAGUCUGGAUUAGUUUCUGUGAGAUUUAUCGCGUAGAAAUUACGUUUUGUGGUGUUGGAAGAGGAGGAAAGCGGCCCGUUAUGAACCAUGGCCUCGGAUCUGCAGCUGAACAGGGUCCCAGUUCCACCCGAGGAGGAGGAAUUCCAUCAAAUCCUGAAGCAGAUCGGUGGGAAAGGGAAUGUGUACUUGGUGGGCGACGUGGACAGAAAGGAUGAUGAAUGUAAGUGCAGCUUGAUGAAGGAGUUCGUUGCGGAUGUGCUGGCUGUGGACGGCAUGCAUGGAGAAAUGAACAAAAACGGGGAGAUCGGGUCAGAAUGCUGUUCAGGGUCAAAGGGUCAAAGCCCCGGCAAGCCCGAGGUGGGUGCAAGAAUGAGGGCUACGUCUGAUAAAGGAAGGGCUAUGCACUGUGCCAUAGUCGUGUUCCUGUUCAGACAUGCUUAUGUCCGUGAUAAAGCCAACCAUGUGAGUGUGAGGGAAGUGCUGAAGGAUGUUAGGACCAGGACAGAAGGCCACGGAGUCCGGCCUGCCCUGCUUGGGCUGGUUCAUGACCACUGUGAAAGUGCAGAAACCGCUGAAUCUGUGGAGCUUUUGGAGCAGAUGCUGAGGUCAGUGUUCUGUAAACAUCCACACGACUCCAUCUGGGCUGGACAUUUCGUUCCUAAAGCGCCGGACGGAGUGCAGGCGAUCAGGAGGCACAUCUGCAGAUCUGUGCUUUCGGCCCAGGCUGCCCAGUCCACAGACACCAGCCCGGGCAGAAACAGCCAUUUUUUCUGGCCACUACGACAGUGUUUUAGGAGAGGGCGGAGAGACCGGCAUGACACAGCGUCGGAUGACCAGGUUCAGAAAGGAAGUGCAGAAAGCAAAGAAGAAGAGAUCCCCCUGCAGACGAGAGCCGAGCCAUGCUUAUGAGGACGCGGGUACCAAGGCACAAAAUGACCACUGGACCCGUAAAAUGUAUGCACAGUUCAAACCUACAGAUUUCUUAGAUGACAAUGUUAAAGGACCAGAUCAGCAGAUGAAGUUUACUUAAUGUUGCUGCUCCCAGCAUCUGUUUGAUGCUUAUGAUUUUGGCUGGAUCUCUGACUUGAUUGCACCUUUUUGGCUGUCCUUAACACUGUUUACACCUUUUACAUAUUACAAAUGCAGAUGUAAUAUUUGUUAGUCCUUUAUAUAUCAAGCUGUCGCAUUGCUGACUGACUGAGUCAGUGAUUUGCUCUCAGGCGAAGCCUUCACUGAAAAUGUUAAAACAGUUUUCUUUGUAAACUGAUUUAUCACUGUGUCUGAUUAAAAAAAAAAAUGCUAGUUUUUUUUUUGCACUUUUCUAAGCAAUGUGCAAACUGCAAGUAAAGUAUUGUUACUUGAUUGUGCUGUUCUAGUAUAUGAAUUACUGCUGAUUAUUUAUUUCUAAAAAUCAGAUUUAGUAGACUUGAUUAAAGGGCUCAUAUCAUUCAAAACCUUUUCCUAUUUUUUUUUAAAUAAGACUUUGAUGUAGUGUGUAACUAAAUGCACUCAAUAA